UGCAAUCGGCUCCGCCCCCAAACCCCGAAGCAGUCGUGCUUUGACCGGGACGGCGCCACUUUUGCUAGUGCGUCAGCACCCGGCUGCUCUAUCUCACCGUAGGACAACGAAACCAUCGUCCACGCCGGUAGACUAGGCCAGGGUGGCCAUAGUCUUGGCAUAGUCUUCGAACCGGCUAUCUUACCAACCUGUUUAAAGCGAUUUAAAUGGAAGCGGACGGUUUCUUGUCGCGGCGAAUGGCCGUGGAAGCACCAGGCGUCGACAGCGGGGUCACAGCCGCCACGGCCGGUGCAGAGAUCCGGUGGCUCAGCGGCCGGUUUCUAAACACUAGUGGAUUAGUUGGUGGGUUCUCGGCAAGGUCAGUAGGAGUGGAACCGGACUUUGCUGUAACAUCUCACCGGACACCACCGGAGCUGUGUUCAGCUGCUGCCGAGCCAGACGUGGACUACGAAGGACUUCCUCAAGGAGUAUCGACCACCACACACAUGUUAGCUGGAGCUGUGGCUGGCAUCAUGGAGCACUGCUUAAUGUACCCCAUCGACUGUGUCAAGACGCGGAUGCAGAGCCUGCAGCCUGAUCCUGGCGCCCGCUACCGCAGUGUGACGGACGCCCUGCGGCAGAUCGUCCGCACUGAGGGGGUCUGGCGUCCGGUCCGUGGCGUCAACGUGAUGGCUGUCGGGGCAGGGCCGGCCCACGCUCUUUACUUUGCCUGCUAUGAGAAGAUCAAGUUCACCCUCAGCGACGCCGUCCACCCCGGCGCCAACAGCCACUUCGCCAACGGAGUGGCUGGCUGCAUGGCCACAGUGCUCCACGACGCUGUGAUGAACCCAGCUGAAGUGGUGAAGCAGCGGGUGCAGAUGUUCAACUCCCCGUACCGCGGAGUGAUGGACUGUGUGGGGGCCACGCUGCGGCGCGAGGGCCCCGGGGCCUUCUACCGCAGCUUCACCACACAGCUCACCAUGAACGUGCCCUUCCAGGCGCUGCACUUCAUGACCUACGAGUACCUGCAGGAGCUGCUCAACCCCCACCGCCACUACGACCCCUCCUCCCACAUGGUGUCAGGAGCUCUGGCCGGGGCGAUCGCCGCUGCCGCCACCACACCGCUGGACGUGUGCAAGACCCUCCUCAACACGCAGGAGGCGCUGGUGCUCCCCGUGGCGGCAGCGGCGUCAUCGGCGGCCGCGACUCCGCCAAACGCAGCGGCGCGCCAGAUCUCGGGUCUGGGCGAGGCGUUCCGGACGGUGUACCGGAUGGGCGGGGCCCCAGCGUUCUUCAAGGGCGUGCAGGCGCGUGUCAUCUACCAGAUGCCGUCCACCGCUAUCAGCUGGUCGGUGUAUGAGUUCUUUAAGUAUGCGCUCACCGAGCGCCAGCACCGCCGCCGCCUGCGCCCCCCGGAGCGUGAUGUAGACAACUGACCGCUCUCACGACCCCCCCCCCCCCCCCCCCCUCGCAGUUUGUCUUUUGACGCACAGAACCAACCGCUAGCCGAGUUAGCCUCUCUGUAGUCAGGGGUAACAAGGUUAGAGGGUCCGAUAACACUUUUCAGUUGAGCUACCCAGUAGGCUGUAACGAUGAAUUGGUAAUAGAUGGCCAUUUCACAAACACUCUUUUUUUUUUGGGGGGGUGUUUUCAUCAGCUCCCAUCCAAAUGGGUGCUGUGAUCCAUUGCAUAAUAUAACAUCCCAGGUCCAUUACUUUCAACAAAAAAAAAUUGUCAUUAUUAAUUUUCCCUGCCAAAUAUUAUUAAUAUCUCUAUAAUACAAAUGACGGACUAAAUAUCCGAUAGUUUCUAAUCAUCAGGAAAUCCCCUCCACAUAUAUAACACACUCCGCACUUUAUUAUUAAUUCAGCCUUGUUGUUAUAACCACAAGGGGGCGCCUCUCUACCGUAGAAAUGACUGGGAACGGAUGGGAAACUUGUAUUCCGAUAGAAACUAGAUGGAGAAAAUUCCCAGUGUAAUAAGCAAAAUAGAAAGAGAUUUAAAAGCUUAAAAUCCUUAGUGAAUGAAUCAAAAGUCUAUUUUUAAAUCAAAAUGCGCGCUGAUAUGUGUGUUUGUGUUUAAGUGAGGGAGAGUACAGUUACAAAGUGGCUGGAACGUGAACGGUAUUCGUCUUGGACGCCGUCUCGUGUUCCUGAAACAUUAAAUCGGAAAUGUAAAUUACUUGUACCGUUCAAUUGACCAUUUAGCAAGUUAACGCCUAAGCUGUGAGGACAAAUGGUCUACCGGUAGUUAUGAUUUGACUGGUGGUUUGAUACAUCGCCCGGUUCCCUUCAGUUCUUUCCAAGCAAACCCAGGGGCCACGUGUUUUGCCCCUGGAGGAAUGCAAAGACAUUUUGUUCUGCAGAUGCGCGCUUACAGGAAAUUAAAGGAUACUUGUCUUGAAGUAACUUCGAUACUUCACACCAUGGCCUUACAAUCAGCCGCCAUGUACCACACGCACAAAUACUAUGUUAUAUUUAAAUCAUGUCUAUUGAAGCCAUGCAACAAUAAAUGGAUGUGUAUAAAUUAUUAUAAUUAUUUACAGCCCAUGCAUUAUUAUAGAUGCACUCAACAUCUAUGUUUGGGGGUGAACACUGCUUCUCUGUUGUGAAAUCUAAAUAAACGAGAGGUUUCUGAUGGCUGCGCAGUAUGAAGAAGUCUUUAAACUAAAACGAUCCCAGAGCAAAGACAAGAUGGACAAACGGCAGGGUUAGAAACCGCCGAACAAAAGGGACUGAACCCGCAGGUGAUGAAGAUGGUAUGCACGUGUGAAACGCUUGACACUAAAAGAGAAGCCUGUAUUUUGUGAAUUGUAAAUAAACCCAGGGCAGCUCCUCGCAGAAGCAGGGUCUUCUCUUGGCGCUGCCACAUGUUUCUAA